AUGGCAUCUGUUAAAGAGCUGCUCGUGAACUCACUGAAGGAUCUAGUAAAAGCUGAUCUGAGGGAGUUUCAGUGGCACUUGAAGAAUCAUGAGUGUGUUUCAGCUUCUGCGAUGGACAAAGCAGAUGUCUUAAACACAGUGGAUAAGAUGGUGGCAUGUUUUGGAGCAGAAGCUGUGAAGAUCACGGUGGACAUCCUGAAGAAGAUGAACCAGAACCUUCUGGCUGAAGAGUUAGAGAACGAACACAAGCAAGGCUCAACUGCAGAGGAUAGUAAAGCUGGUAUUCCCGAUUACGGAGAGAUCGGCCUCAGACUGAAGAACAGAUUACAAGAGGACUAUAAGCGGAUAUUGGUUGGUAAUUCACAAACAGGUCAUCAGAAAUAUCUGAAUGAUAUUUACACUGAUCUAUUCGUGGUGGAGAAUGAGACUGGAGGAAUAGUGAGUGACCACGAGGUGAGACAGAUUGAAUUGAAUAUUCACCAAAUUACUGUGAAGGACACCACAAUCUUGUGCAAUGACCUAUUCAAAGUCCAGUAUGAUACUGGUCGGCAAAAUAAAAAAGUACUAACAAUGGGGAUUGCAGGGGUGGGAAAGACAGUCUCUGUCAAUAAAUUCAUUCUUGACUGGGCUGAAGAAAGAGAAAAUCAAGACAUACUCUUCAUAUUUCCACUCCCAUUCCGUAGACUGAAUAUGAUUACAAAGAACUGCAGUCUCAUGGAACUGCUUAACGAAUGCUUCUUUAGUGAUCCUGAAGAACUGCCCUCUCUUCCUGAAGAUGACGGUAAGGUCAUGUUUAUUUUUGAUGGGCUGGAUGAGUGUCACUUCCCUUUGGGAUUUCAUGAUAGUGAUGGAUUUACAGAUGUGCAUGAACAAACAACAGUGAGUAAAAUAGUUACAAACCUGAUCAAAAGGCAUCUGGUUCCCUCUGCUCUCAUCUGGAUCACAUCCAGACCAGCAGCAGCAGGUCUAAUACCCCGAGACUACAUUGAUCAAGUGACAGAAGUGCGAGGAUUUAAUGAUGAGCAGAAAGAGCAAUACUUCAUCAAAAACAGCAGUCCUGAGGUAGCUGGAAACAUCAUCCGUCACAUCAGGAAAUCCAGGAGUCUCUACAUCAUGUGCCACAUCCCUGUCUUCUGCUGGAUCUCUCUCACUGUUCUUCAGCCUCUGCUGGCUCGAGAGAGCAAUGGCAAAACUCCCACAACUCUCACAGAGAUGUACACAAACUUCUUGCUUUCUCAGAAGGUUCAGAUGGAAAAAAAAUACAGUGAUAAUCCUGAACUUAAGUUCAAAGCCAGGUCUUUUGAUCAGAUUGUUCUAAAGCUUGGGAAAUUGGCCUUUCAACAGCUGGAGAAAGGAAAUCUGAUUUUCUACAAAGAAGAUCUUGAGGAGUGUGGACUAGAUGUCAGUGAAGGGUCAGUGUUAUCUGGGUUAUGCACUCAGAUCUUUCAGACGGAAAAGGUUGUUUCAGCCAGAAACAUUUACAGCUUUGUACAUCUCAGUGUCCAGGAGUUCCUUGCCGCUCUCUAUGUGUUUCUGAUUUACAAAGAUGAGAAAUCAAACCUAUUUCUUCAAACCUGGAGAAAGACACUAUCAUGGAAACUGUCUAAUAAGCAGCUGUUUCAUCUUCUGAAGUCUGCAGUCAACAAGGCUUUACAAAGCAAGAACGGACACCUGGACCUUUUCCUCCGGUUCCUGCUGGGUCUCUCACUGGAGUCCAAUCAGAGUGACCUGAAGGAACUGCUGCCAGAACUGAAACUGAGUACCGUGAACAUUAAAGAAAUCGUUGACUAUAUCAAACAGACAAUAGAGAAGGAGAAAUCAGUGGAGAGGACCAUCAACCUGUUCUACUGUCUGAGUGAACUGAAAUAUGACUUUGUCAAGGACAUUCAGAAGAAUCUGAGCUCAGGAAAUCUUUCGGCACAGAAUCUCUCCUCUGCUCAGUGGUCGGCUCUGGUGUUUGUGCUGCUGAUGUCAGAAGUGACUCAAGAUAAGUUGGAACUGCAGAAAUACAAAAGAUCUGAAGAAGCACUGAUGAGAAUGCUGCCCGUUAUCACAAACACCAGAAGGGCACUGCUACAAUCCUGUAAUCUCACUGUUGAGUGUUGUGAGAGUUUGUCAUCAGUGUUACAGUCCUCCAUCCUGAGAGAGCUGGAUCUGAGUAACAAUGACCUGCAGGAUUCAGGAGUGAAGCUUCUCUCUGAUGGACUGAAGAGUCCAAACUGUCAGCUGGAGAUACUGAGGUUGUCUGGCUGUAUGGUGAAAGAGGAAGGCUGUGGUUAUUUGUCUGCAGCUCUGAGUUCAAACCCCUCACAGCUGAGAGAGCUGGAUCUGAGCUACAAUCACCCAGGACCAUCAGGAUUCCAGCUGCUCAAACACAAACUGGAGGAUCCAAACUAUAAACUGCAGAUACUCAAUGUUGAUCAUGGAGGAGUGAUCAGAAUGUCAGCAGGACUACAAAAAUGGGCCUGUGAUCUCACACUGGAUCCAAACACAGCACACACUCGUCUCUUCCUGUCUGAUGAGAACAGGGAGAUAAUGCUUGUGUAUGAGCAUCAGCCGUAUCCUGAUCAUCCAGAGAGAUUUGAGUUCUGUGAUCAGGUUCUGUGUGUUGAGAGUCUGACUGGACGCCAUUACUGGGAGGCUGAAUGGAGUGGGAGGUUUGCUAUUAUAGCAGUGUCAUAUAAAGGAAUCAGCAGGAAAGAACGUAAAGCUUGUUGGUUUGGAUACAAUGAUAAAUCCUGGAGUCUGUGGUACUUUGAUGACAGAUUCACUAUCCGUCACAAUAAUAAGAAAACUUACAUACCUGCCCCUUCAUCCUCUACUAGAGCCGGAGUGUAUCUGGACUGUCCUGCUGGCACUCUGUCCUUCUACAGUGUCUCUGACACACACACACUCACACACUUACACACAUUCAACACCACAUUCACCGAACCCCUCUAUGCUGGAUUUGGGGUUCAUUAUGAUUCUUCACUGUCUCUGUGUCAGAUUUGAGCACACACAUUGUUGGGACUGAUGUGGUUUACUUGUGGCUGUGACACUAAGCCAACAGUUGGCUGUCUGGCAACAAUAGGCCAUC